AUGAACACCAGGCUUGAGAAAGAGCUGCGCGCUAGAUAUCUGGUAUCCGACAAAUUUUCUGGCGGAGCACUCGCUGGUUUGGUCGAGGAAGGCCAGCUGUCGGCGGAGACCAAGAUCAGCCUCAUGACAUACACCGAGUUCAAGCAUCUCGUCGGAAGUGGGGUUUCAGUUCAAUUACCACACAACAUGGUAGUACUGAUGGACGAUGAGAGCAAGCGGACCAUCGAUAGAGAGGUUGCUCAGGGCCUGAUCUCUACAUUCGUCAAGGACAAGCAGCCCGCCAGUGUCAAGAUGAUCGCAUUCGCCCCAGCUCUUCGAACCCCGCCGCCGCAGAAUGUUCUCAAGUCGUUUAGCAUUCGUGACCCGGAUGACAUUCACACGUUUACCUCCAAUUAUGCGACGUCCCCUCGCACGAGCGACGUAAUCACCGGUUCAUUCACGGACGGCGCCUUCUACCAACAGUCUAUUCAGAUGGCUACACAGUGCAUUUGA